AUGGAGAGAAGUCCGAAAGCAAGACGGCAGAUCGGUGCGGUGAGGCUACUCUUGAAUUAUUACUGAAAUGUUGUGUGCUUUCUGGAGCCACGUGACUGCCAUAGCAUCAUCCAAGUUGCUUCAUUUUGGCAGUAGUGAAGGAGCAGCUAGCUACCAACUAUGGAGUCCAUGGACUGCAGUGCCAGUGGCUAAGCUCAAACUUCACCUGAUUCCUACUAUGGAAAAGCCAGAGACGGCGAGACACCUUGAUGAGAGCGUGCUACCUGCCUGCCCCUGGACUUUCUCUCCCCGCUUGACCACCUCCCUCAGUUGACCACUCCAUGAACUUUCUAAUGACUGUCCAUGUUGUGAUGUUGUUUUUUCUAAAUUGCAUGUAAUUUUAUGUUGCUUUAAAGCGCUUUGAAAUUCUUUAUGUAAUGAAUAGCGCUAUAAAUGUUGAAUACAUGAUUUAUUAUUAAUAAUGGCUUGAACCGUGUUUCUCAGGACUCGUUCCAGACAUUGAAGAACUGGGUGAAGGAGCUUCGCCAGCACGGCCCUCCCAACAUCGUGGUAGCCAUCGCUGGCAACAAGUGUGACCUGUCCGAUGCCAGGUAAAUAAAUCCCUCAAGUCCCCUAGGAAGACAUGGGUUUCAUCCCAAAUGCCACCCUAUUCCCUAUAUAAUGCACUACCUUUGACCAGGGCCCUGGUCAAAAGUAGUGCACAAUAUAGUAAAUAGGGUGCCAUUUGGGACAAAGCUAUUGGCUUAUUUGUACAAGUCAGCAGCAUGGCCGCCACACAGUAAUUUUACCAGACGAAUCACAGAAUCGUUGACAUGAGAUUUGCUUGUGCUACAUUUUCUAAUGAAGAUUAAAUGACUCGCCAACGCUUUGUUUGGCAAGGGACUUCAACGGCUGAGCCAAGCGUGUAUCUUCAAACUUUUGGCUCCAACAAUGUGAACAUACCGUUGAACGGUAACUGCCGGCCGAUGCAGCUCUCUGUUGGCGAUACACUGGGGGAUAUGUAUGUAAUGUCACUCAAACAUGCUCGCUUAGAUGAGAGGACUUUAACUACUAGAGUAGGCUAAUUGCAUUGGAGCAGUGGAGAGAACUAAUGCUUCAAAAUCCAUUACAUCUCUCCCAUCUACUGUCCAUCCAUUAGUGUUAGUCAUUAUUGACUCACUAAGCACUUACAGUGGCUUGCGAAAGUAUUCACCCCCCUUGGCAUUUUUCCUAUUUUGUUGCCUUUUCAACCUGGAAUUAAAAUGGAUUUUUGGGGGGUUUGUAUAAUUUCAUUUACACAACAUGCCUACCACUUUGAAGAUGCAAAACAUUUUUUAUUGUGAAACAAACAAGAAAUAAGACAAAAAAACAGAACUUGAGCGUGCAUAACUAUUCACCCCCCCCCAAAGUCAAUACUAUGUAGAGCCACCUUUUGCAGCAACUACAGCUGCAAGUCUCUUGGGGUAUGUCUCUAUAAGCUUGGCACAUCUAGCCACUGGGAUUUUUGCCCCUUCUUCAAGGCAAAACUGCUCCAGCUCCUUCAAGUUGGAUGGGUUCCGCUGGUGUACAGCAAUCUUUAAGUCAUACCACAGAUUCUCAAUUGGAUUGAGGUCUGGGCUUUGACUAGGUCAUUCCAAGACAUUUAAAUGUUUCCAGUUAAACCACUUGAGUGUUGCUUUAUCAGUAUGCUUAGGGUCAUUGUCCUGCUGGAAGGUGAACCUCCGUCUCAGUCUCAAAUCUCUGGAAGACUGAAACAGGUUUCCCUCAAGAAUUUCGCUGUAUUUAGCACCAUCCAUCAUUCCUUCAUUUCUGACCAGUUUCCCAGUCCCUGCCGAUGAAAAACAUCCCCACAGCAUGAUGCUGCCACCACCAUGCUUCACUGUGGGGAUGGUGUUCUCGGGGUGUUGAGAGGUGUUGGGUUUGCGCCAGACAUAGCGUUUUCCUUGAUGGCCAAAAAGCUCAAUUUUAGUCUCAUCUGACCAGAGUACCUUCUUCUAGAUGUUUGGGGAGUCUCCCACAUGCCUUUUGGCAAACACCAAACAUGUUUACUUAUUUUUUUUCUUUAAGCAAUGGCUUCUGGCCACUCUUCCGUAAAGCCCAGCUCUGUGGAGUGUACGGCUUAAAGUGGUCCUAUGGACAGAUACUCCAAUCUCUGCUGUGGAGCUUUGCAGCUCCUUCAGGGUUAUCUUUGGUCUCUUUGUUGCCUCUCUGAUUUAAAAAAUGUCUUCUGGCUGUUUAAAUUGUCCACAUCUUGAAAAAGAGGACAGGGACAUGCGUUUUGUUUAGGUUUUACACCUUUUUCUGGAGGAAAAAAAAAGAUGGUUAACCAUGACCAGAAAAUGUUUAACGUUUGAUGGCUAUGCGCCAGCCAACUCUAGCACUGUGAGUCACCACAACGUGUACCAAGGCGAACAGUGAGAUCGCUCACCAAGUUGCUGUAAUCGAAUAAUAAGUUACCUUCAUUGUAAACUUACUAUGACGCUGGCAUUGUGACGCAGAAGAAUGGGCUGGGAAUAGAACGUUCGUAAGGCGAGUUGGUGCCACGGUGCUUAAUAGAACUAAUAGGAGCUGGCAGGGUGAAAAAUGCCCUAAAAUAAGGCCAGUUUUUUGGUGCUUAUUUCAAAACUACGGCAAGCAGCUGGGACAUAUGGUGAUAUUCUGAAACUGGGCUCCAUGGCAGAUGCAAUUAACUAGUUUUAAAAAAGAUAUGUCCAGCAACAACAUGAAGACAGGGGCAGCAUAUAAGUCAAUACCAGAAGCAUUUAUUGACUGAUCUGGGGAGAUGGAUUCCAGUUUCUGUGACAGAUUAUAAAUAAUCUCUGAUGCCUUUGUUAUAUUAGCUUUUGGUUGAAUGUACUGUCGUAGUAAAUAUAUAAUGUUAUAGCUUGGUCUGACUAAAAUCUUGUGCAUAUCCACCCUGUCCAAAGUCUCUACUUGGUCUCAGUUCUCCAGUAAACUUGUGAUUAUCAACAGUACACAACGGUAACAAACAAUUGGGGGAACUCACGGGGCAGAUAGUAAGGUCACAGUGACACAGAAAGCAGUUCAAUGUCGGGGCUCGGGGGUACAGAGUCGCUCUCUUACCAGGAUCGAUUUUCCCUGUGACUGUCAGAUCGAGGUCCGCUCCGACCAGGGUGAAGCCGGCCGGCUCCACUUCUCUGUCCGGGACUCUGUCAUCCAGCCAAGUCUCCCAGCUGUAUUGGAUUCCGCUGCCAGCAACGUUUUCAUUAUUUAGUCCGUUCGUAGCGGGUAUGUACACGAUCAACAAGAUCAGUCCAAAACCCACCACUCGAAAUCCAUGGUUGGCAGAAUGUUUGUAAACUAAGUGUACAAAUUAAAAACAUAAAAUAACGCCACUAAGUGUACAAAUUAAAAACAUAAAAUAACGCCACACUGCAGGUCGCAAAGAGACGCUGCUAGCCGCUAUUUGCUUAGUUACGUUCAUGGUUACGUCACGUAUGACGAAAGCGCGUAAGUGCAAGCCCACAGACACCCAUAGAGAAUGUAUUGAAAGCUUUGAAAUUUGAAAAAAAUAGAUUUUACAUGACAGGCUAUGAGAGACUUCUGGGCGAUUUUCAACCUGACUGAAAUCGCCCAAAAACGGGCGGGGCCAUUUGAAGCACGACUUUAGCCUGAUUUGACAUUUAGUGGCAGUCAGAUCAGAUUACAACACUGAUAACUACUGUUGCCGUGAUAUAAUUGAUUAGAAAAAAAAUCCCUUCCUUUUCCCGUUUGGCAGUGCGUCGCCCAUAUCGCCCUAUUGAACAGGCCGUCCCUGCUUCUUAAUAUAAUUACACUAUUCAUUUUUUUUCUUACAUCUGCAAACUGCUAGUUUGUCUUUUCUUAGUAAGUUGGGCCUAAAUCUUGUUAGCUGCUAAUGCUAAUCGCUAGCUAGCUAAUACAUGUACUGUGUCAGAGCUAACGUUAUACAGCCUGAUAAUACCAGUGACGUUGUAGAUCUACAUCUUAAUGUUUUUUGUGCAACAGUAUCUUCUAAAUCAAAGAGGAAUAUGUGAAGCAAGAAUGUCAGCUACAUUAAGUAGCUAAGAGAAUUUUCAAUGUAGCCAAAGAUUAUAGGGUCCCCUAGGAAACACUUGUCAACACUUUGGUUCCUUCCCUGUCACAAUAACUCCUCCCUGGCAUUUUCAUUUGUUGUCAUGUCAAACUGUAUUCAAAGUGCCCACUAUUAUAUUCUAACCAUAGAAUUUCAAUAAUCAUUCUAUUUCCAUGAUUCCAACAGUUCACCCAAGUAGAAAGAGGAGGAAGGGAAGCGCUACUAAGGCACACAAUAGUAGAUUUUGGUAGACAGAAGGUGUUCUUUGGUCAAAGGGGUGAAUUGGUCAUCAAAAAGAAAGGAGGACCAAGGCACUCUUCAUAUAAUUAAUUAAAAUGCCUUUAUUAGUAUGGCAUGUUCAAUGGAUUUUUUUUUGUUGCUCUAAAUCACAAGUCAAAUUGCAAUUACAACAUUUGGUAAACAUAAGGCCUAGAUUGUUUGCCCAUAUCGUGCAGCCAUGUGUGGAAAUGAUCUGAAAUGAGUGCAGGAAAUGCAGAAAAUAAGUUUAGGUUGAACUGAACAGUAUAAAGCAAUCAGAAUAGAGAAAGACCCAUUGAAAUCACUUAGAAUGUAUGCGUUGCCACCUUAGGGUCACGCACUGCUCAUAAAGCAAAUGUUGAACUUUUAUUAUUCAAAAACAUAAAAUACUGUCAUACCGUCAAAAAAAAUUUUUUUUUAAAUACCGUAAUAUGAUAUUUUGGCCAAAUCGCCCAGCCCUAGUUCCAUGUCUAUCUAACUUAGGGCAGCAGCCUCUAAGGUGCAGGGUUGAGUAACCGGGUGGUAGCCGGCUAGUGACAGUGACUAAGUUCAGGGCAGGGUACUGAGUGGAGGCCGGCUAGUGAUGGCCUUGAGAUAGAAGCUGUUUUUCAGUCACUCGGUCCAAGCUUUUUUAUUGCACCUGUACUGACUUCGCCUUCUGGAUGAUAGCAGGAUGAACAGGCCGUGGCUCGGGUGGCUGAGGUCCUUUGAUGAUCUUCUUGGCCUUCCUGUGACACCGGGUGCUGUAGAUGUCCUGGAGGGCAGGCAGUGUGCCCCCGGUGAUGCGUUGGGCAGACCGCACCAACCUCUGGAGAGCCCUGCAGUUGCCGUACCAGGCGAUGAUACAGCCCGACAGGAUGCUUUCAAUGGUGCAUCUGUAAGACUUUGUGAGGGUCUUAGGGGCCAAGCUGAAUUUCUUCAGCCUCCUGAGGUUGAAGAGGCACUGUUGCACCUUCUUCACCACACUGUCUGUGUGGGUGGACCUUUUCGGAGAUGUGUAUGUCGAGGAACUUGAAGCUUUUCACCUUCUCCACUGUGGCCCCAUCGAUGUGGAUGGGGGGGCGUGCUCCCUCUGCUGUCAUCUGAAAUCCACGAUCAGCUCCUUCAUUUUGUUGACGGUGAGGGAGAGGUUAUUUUCCUGGCACCAUUCCGGCAGGGCCCUCACCACCUCCCUGUAGGCUGUCUCGUCAUUGUUGGUAAUCAGGCCUAACACUGUUGUGUCGUCUGCAAACCUGAUGAUUGAAUUGAAGGCGUGCGUGGUCAUGCAGUCAUGGGUGAACAGGGAGUACACACCCUUGUGGGGCCCCUGUGUUGAGGAUCAGUGUAGUGGAGGUGUUGUUGCCUACGUUGACCACCUGGGGGCGGCCGGUCAGGAAUUCCAGGACCCAGUUGCACAGGGCGGGGUUCAGACCCAGGGCCCCGAGCUUAGUGAUGAGUUUGGAGGAUACAAUGAUGUAGAAGGCUGAGCUGUAGUCAAUUAACAGCAUUCUUACAUAGGUAUUCCUCUUGUCCAGAUGGGAUAGGGCAGUGUGCAGUGCAAGGCGAUUGCAUCAUCAGUGGAUCUAUUGGGGCAGUAUGCAAAUUUCAGUGGGUGUCGGGUAAGGUGGAGGUGAUAUGAUCCUUAACUAGCCUCUCAAAGCACUUCAUGAUGACAGAAGUGAGUGCUACGGGGCGAUAGUCAUUUACUUCAGUAACCUUUUGUUUUCUUGGGUACAGGAACAAUGGUGGACAUCUUGAAGCAAGUGGGGACAGCAGACUGGGAUAGGGAGAGAUUGAAUAUGUCCGUAAUCACUCCAGCCAGCUGAUCUACGAAUGCUCUGAGGACACGGCUAGGGAUGCCGUCUUGGCCUUUCGAGUGUUAAAUGUCUUACUCAUGUCGGCCACGGAGAACGAGAGCUCACAGUCCUCGGGAGCGGCCCGCGAAUAAGUUGUUUAGCUUGUCCGGGAGCAAGACGUUGGUGUCCGCCACGUGGUUGGUUUUCCUCUCCUCUGCUCCUGACUGCCAUAAGAAUAUAAUGAAUAGAAUAGGCAUCCCCAUUCAAAUCAAUGAUGGCAUAAUACAAGCCCUUGCUCGUUUCAGUAAGGAGCUACGUUUCAUCACGUUGUUAAGAGUCCCUGUUACCGCAGAAAUGGACUCAACCGCCCAAAUGCCCAUUGACAUUUGUUUGGUAAAAACAGUAGGAUAAUUACACAUUGAGGUCGAGUCCUUUCAAGGAAUUUUUUUUCUCCUUUUCUUUUAAGAGCUUUGUCAGAACAGACCACUCAGUCAAUGCCCCCUCAGGGGUUAUGGAGUCUGCAGUGUUACUUAAAAAGAACAUUCUAAUAGAAAAGUAGCUAUUGUCCCAUCUUCAGCCAGCUGUUCGUUCCACGUAUUUAUUUUAUUUUUUACGGUUAUGUCGGUUAUUUUAUUUUCAUGACGGUCUACAUCCAUAAACGUUGGUUACACGGUUAUACUGUAAUUGUGCCAGCCCUAGUGGGGAGCUGCUGGCUUGGGUCCCUUUCUCUCUUCUUUUGCGCUCAUCUCCCGUUUGGGUCCGGUCUGUCUCAUUGUUUUAAGGGGUGUGUCCUUGUGCCUCCUCAUUUUCAUCUGCGCUGAUGUGAAACAACUGGACAGGCAACAACGAUUUCUUGGCUUAUGUCCGCCAUAUUGCUUUGGCCUAUCCUGUGUUUUCAGAUCAGUGCAGAUGCAGGCGAGAAGAUAGGGAGACUACACCUCUCUCCAUAAUUGAGAUGCACCCCGUUUUAAGACUUGAACACUCUUUACAGGGAGGUCUUGGAGAAGGAUGCCAAGGACUAUGCAGACUCCAUCAAUGCCAUCUUUGUGGAGACCAGCGCCAAGAACGCCAUUAACAUCCAUGAGGUCUUUAUAGAGAUAAGUAAGUGUGUUUUUUCACUAUGUUUUGGUGUCCUCCCAUCCUUUGGGCCUAAUUUAUGCUUUGUGGGAUACCAGUGUAUUACUAGUGGUGUACAAUGGUUUAAAUUCACCUCUUGUGUGUUUUUAAAUUGAGUUGAGUUGAGCUUCUGCUGCACGUUCCUUUUAACCAAUGGUCUCUGGGUGUAACAUUGUUUUUUCGUCCCCCCUGCACAUUUUGUUCUCCCCUACAGUUCAACAGAUCCCUGUCCUAGAUGCAGGAGGAGGGGCUGCAGGGAAGGGCUUCAAACUGCGCCGCCAGCCCUCGGAGACCCGGACCUGCUGCUGA